UGAAAAUUCAAUUUUUUUUUCUCUCGGUCUCUCGGAAGAUGUGCUCAUAAUUUUGGUUAAGAUUUUUUAGAUUAAUAUUAGGACUUUAUUGUAAUAUUUAAAAUGUAAAAUUACUGCUUUGUUUCAUUUUUUUGUUGUUUUUGUUAGUUUUCUUGUUUAACUGUAUUUUUAAAAUGUGCCAAGGGCCGAUAAAUCAGUCACGGGCCGCAAAUGGGCCCCAGGCCACACUUUGGACACCUCUGUAUGAGCAAAACACUCGAAGAGCAAAUAAAGUUUCAUGGUUUUGCACUAAUAGAAAGAUGUCAUAUGGGAAAGAUAAAGUGUUAAUUUAUUUUUUCAGAGAGUAAAAAACCCGUGUGGCACGAUUAAAAACUGGUAUUCUGAUCAAAUUAAUUAUUUUUGUCAAAUUAAUUUUUCGCAAAAUAUUUGUUUGAUCAAAAGGUUGGAAAUAAUUCCAUCAGAAGUAAUUAUUUUCUCCAUUUGCAAAAUGUCCUCUAUUCUUGGGUGUGGCAGGAUAAACAGACAGUAAAUUAGCAUAUCCGUUUAAAGCAUGCAUGCAGCAAACACUGGGACACUGCAUUUAAUGGUUACUUAACUUAAUGCGUGUCUGCCGAUAUCACUGUAUCAUUCUGUUAAAACGAUAGUCCAAUUUUAGUCCGCUACAAAAACACGCUGGUCUCUGCAAAAAUGAACCAAAGAAACUUUUUUUUCUUGGUGUGUCCGUCCGAUCGUUUUUUUUAAAUCUAACGUCAUCGCUGACGUGUACAAAACUUCAAUCCUUUUAUCGCGUUAAUAAUAAUGCAGUAUUGCACUGUACAUUGUGUGUGCAAACUCAGUACUUCCGGGUUGGCUUCCGAUCGCGUGAUACGUGUUUGAAAAAAAGUUUAUUCUAACCUAGGAGGGAGACGAGGCUGCUCGCGUGGCAAAUGAAUGCUAGCUUAAUGCUACCUACAUAUCCUGUACACGUAUUUAGCUAUUUUAUAUCCAAAUGAUAGAGUUGAACUGGAAACUGGGAUGCGGAUUGAUCCCAUUUGUGCUCACAUUUGCCUAGCAAUGAUACAAAAUGUUAACAUUUGUAAAAUCAAGUCUGUCAUGAAUUCUAUUUGGUAAAGCAUGACUUGAACUUUAAUUUGAUGCCUCAGUCACUUCUCUACCCCAAAUAUUAAAGAAGUUACAGCAGAUUUUAUACCGGAAAAUAGUGCUUUUGGUCCCCAUUGCUUUAACAUUGAGCCAAGACAAAAGGUGUGAUCGACUCAAGGACAACCGUACUAGAAAAUAUAUAACUGUCACUUAGGCUAUGAAAAUCUGUUUUAAAAGUCACCAGAGUAGCCAUUUACAUGUUUUUGAGAAUCGAAAAUUGUCUAAUUUUUCAGGUACAGUAUAUGCCUCACACUACAGUGCAGCAGCACGCUGAGUAUUCCUUUUUCACCCCACACUGCAAACGCGACAUGUAGUAUAUCCGGGCAAAAAACCCACAAAACGGCCAAUCUAAUGAAAUUUCGUCUACAGAUAGAUAUUAAGAUAAAUUCAUCUUCCAUAUAUCUUUUAUCUUCUUCUAUAGCGCCGGGCCAUGAAUUUGAAAGGCUUUAAUUUGUACUUACUUUUUCCAAGCACUUGAUGGGGUCCAACAGUCAAUAUAAAUCCGAUCCGAGAUUAAAGAUGAAGUAAUCUACGUAACAAACAUGUAUACGAAUGAAAACACACCCGAUAUCAUGUGAAAAAAUGCACUUUUAAGGACGUCCGCGAGAGACUCUCCUACAGAACGCGCACGGUCACUGUUAGAGCUUUUCAUCGCUAAAAUAUGGGUUUUGUAGCAUUGCUACAUUUGCCCCUGUCGGCCGCCGUAGCAUUAAUAUCGGCAGUGGCGAUACAGUGAGUAAGGUAGUUACGUGGUAUUGUUUUGAUGCCAGAAUUUGCAGUAUCGACCACCCCAAGUUUUCAAGUCCAGCCCCGUUAGUGUGCGUCAUGACGUAAUGCUCCAUGUGUCACAUUCUAUUGGCUGAGCAGUCUGGUGGAGUGGAUGCUGCUUGUUAUGAUUAUGUAAUGCACCGGAUGCUGCAAGACGGGCAGAACAAGGCAAGGAAGCAGAUGGAUGGAUGGAUAUAAGCAAGCAUGGAUGCAUGAAUGGAUGAAUACUUUCGAGUCAGAGUGAGUAGUGCGCAUCUUUCGUCAGCACAUAGGUGAAUGCAGCGUGCAUUGACGACUGUAAAUGCGUGCAUUGCAGCGUGAUCUCGCCGUCUGGAUAUCACUGGCCUCUCCCUGACUCUGACACACACACACACACACACACACACACAGGCGUGGAGUGUGCGCUAAACUGUACGACUGGGCGCCUUUCUCUGUUGGAAUUCCAUCAAGGUGGCGUUAAACCAAUGCGGCUUUGUUGCGGAGCAGCAGCAGCCUUUAUCAGCAUCAUCACCAUCUUCAUCCUCAUCACCUCCCUGACAACCAAUGGCAGGCCCCGAGCAGCAGCAGCAGCAGCAGGUGGAGGAGGAGGAGAAGGCCGAGCACUUAGAUGAUGCGGAGAUGGCGCUGCAAGGCAUUAACAUGCUGCUUAACAACGGCUUCAAGGAGAGCGACGAGCUCUUUAAGAGAUACAGGACCCAGAGCCCGCUGAUGAGCUUCGGGGCCAGUUUUGUCAGUUUCUUGAACGCCAUGAUGACAUUCGAGGAGGAGAAGAUGCAGACGGCCUGCGAUGACCUGAGGACCACGGAGAAGCUGUGUGAGAGCGACAGUGUUGGCGUGCUGGAGACAAUCAGAAACAAGAUCAAGAAGAGUAUGGACUCCCAUAGGUCGGGGGUCGUCGUCGUGGACCGCCUGCAGAGACAGAUCAUCGUAGCAGACUGUCAGGUCUACCUUGCCGUGCUGUCCUUCGUCAAGCAGGAGCUUUCAGCUUACAUCAAGGGCGGCUGGAUUCUGCGCAAGGCGUGGAAAAUGUACAACAAGUGCCACAGCGACAUCAGCCAGCUGCAGACCAGCUGCCAGCAGAGGUCGGUCACCCGCGGUGAGUUGCUCUCGGCUGACAACGCCAACCACAACGAGGCGGCGGUGGAGAACGGCGUGACGGCCGAGGCCCUGGACCGCCUCAAGGGCUCGGUCAGCUUCGGCUACGGCCUCUUCCACCUGUGCAUCUCCAUGGUGCCGCCGCACCUGCUGAAGAUCAUCAACCUGCUGGGCUUCCCCGGCGACCGCCUACAGGGCCUCUCCUCGCUGAUGUACGCCAGCGAAAGCAAGGACAUGAAGGCGCCGCUCGCCACGUUGGCCCUCUUGUGGUACCACACGGUCGUGCUGCCUUUCUUUGCGCUGGACGGCUCCGACACGCACGCCGGCCUGACGGAAGCCAAGGAGAUCCUGCAGAGGAAGUCGGUCGUUUACCCCAACUCCUCCCUCUUUAUGUUCUUUAAGGGGCGUGUCCACAGGCUGGAGUGUCACAUCAACAGCGCUCUGGCCUGCUUCCACGACGCAUUAGAACUGGCUUCCGACCAAAGAGAGAUCCAGCACGUGUGUCUGUAUGAGAUCGGCUGGUGCAGCAUGAUCGAGAUGAACUUCGAAGACGCCUACCAGUCGUUUGAGCGCCUGAAGAACGAGUCGCGCUGGUCGCAGUGCUACUACGCCUACUUGACGGGAGUGUGUCAGGGCGCCUCGGGUGACCUGGACGGGGCCAGCGGAGUCUUCAAAGACGUGCAGAAGCUGUUCAAGAGGAAAAACAACCAGAUUGAGCAGUUUGCCGUGAAAAGGGCUGAGAGGCUGAGGAAAAUUUCUCCCAGCAGAGAGCUUUGCAUCCUGGGCGUCAUUGAAGUGUUGUAUCUGUGGAAAGCUCUUCCUAACUGCUCCUCCUCCAAGCUGCAGAUCAUGAACCAAGUGUUGCAGCGCCUUGAUGACACGUCUUGCAGGGGCCUCAAACAUCUCCUGCUUGGAUCCAUCCACAAGUGUCAUGGCAACGUGAGGGACGCCGUGCAGGCUUUCCAGAUGGCUGCCAGAGACGAGUACGGGCGACAGAUUAAUUCCUACGUUCAGCCGUACGCCGUCUACGAGCUGGGCUGCAUACUGCUGGCCAAACCCGAGACUGUGGGCAAGGGGAGAUCAUUCCUACUUCAAGCUAAGGAUUUCACAGGCUACGACUUUGAGAACAGGCUUCACGUGCGCAUCCAUUCGGCGUUGGCCUCGCUGAAGGAAGUAGUGCCUCAGUGACUCCAAAAGGGGAGGCGGGCAUCGUUUUUACACCACGUGGUAGCCACCCUCCACGGAAACCUCGUAAGCCUCCAUACCCGGUGGUGAAUCUUCUUUGGGGGAAAUAUGCUUGUUUCUUAUCCACUUGAUAAGAUGCUUAAAAUACCCACAACAGGAACCGCCUUGAGUACACAUUGUGUGUUUCUCAAAAAAAAAAAAAAAAGCGGGAGAUAAGAUUUAUAUUUCCUUGCUAAACAUGUUAAGUAUGUUUAAAGUCAUCACUUUUAUGUUUGUGGAUGCACAAAAUGCAAUCAUGUGAGGCGAUAACGUCACUAGACGUACACAAAUCAUCACAUAAAUGAUAUCAUAUCUGUUAUAAUAUUUUAAAAUGAGAUUAUGAUGCAUAAUUCUGAUGUUAUUUCAAGGGGACAAGACCAAAAACAGCCUCCUAUCGUGUUUUAGAACGUCUCCACCCUGGCCUGACAGUGGGAUACACGACUUUUAAACUAGACGUGUUGAAGUAUUCAUCUACAGUGGUCUGGGAGUGACAGCAACAAUGUGCACUAUGCAUGGUACAUCAGGGUGUGACUUUCAAGUCUCAAAGGUACCCUUCAAGUCCAAAUACAGCACAUAGUGUAUGGUGCUGAAAGGUGCUGGUCAGUGACAAAUAAAUACGGCAGUGGAACCUCGGCUUUCGUACGCCCUGAGAAGCGUGUGUGAAUGCUGCUACACCAUUUUUCAUCUAUUUAUUCCUCUACUUCCUCUACUUCAGGCGCGUCCAAAGUGCCGCCUGGGGGCCAAUUUCGGCCCGUGGCUUUUUUUUUUUUUUUUAAUUAUUAUUUUUUUAUUUUUGGCCUGCUGGCACAUUCUAAAAAUAGAAUUUAACAAGAAAUCUAAAAAAAAAAAAGAAAAAAGUUGUAAUCUAACAGGAAAAGGUUGUAAUUUUACGAGAAUAACGUAAUAUUAUGAGGAAAACAACAUUUUAGUAUCAUAAAGUUGAAAUAUUAAAUUAAAAAAUAUUUUUUUACUUUUUUUUAAGUCGUAAUAUUAUGAGAAACAAACAACACAAAAUGAUGAUUUAUUUUGGAAAAUUGGGUUGGGGGCAAAAAGUUACAAUAUUAUGGGAAUAGGGUCAAAAUAUGGGAAUAGAAAUAUUAUGAGAAAAAAAAUUACAAGAAGAAAGUUGAAAUAGUUGGAAAAUAAAAAAAAAACAACAACACCAGAAAUGGAAAAAAUAGCUGUAAUUUUAAAAGAAUAAAAGAAAAUAUAGAAAUAUUAUUUAAGAGGAAAAUUUGGACAAUUAAAAAAAAAAACAGCAAAAAUGGGGUGAAAGACCAAAGUGGAUACUAAUAAUGGGCUUUUUCAGCUAUAUCACAAAGCUGAGAUGCUGUUACUCUUGAAAUAUUUAACAUCUUAGCAUAUCUGCUUUUAGAAAAUAUCAAAGUGGCCCUUGGGUCCUGUCAUUUUUCAGUUUGGACACCCCUGCUCUUUUUGUCCGCUAACUCCUCCCACAUUUCUCAACUGCCUCAAACCAUUCCGACAUCAAAAUGUUCAGCUCAUUCAGGACAUACUGUAUAGGCUAUCUAUCAAGAUUUUUUAAAUAAAAAAGUCAAUAUUUUCCGUGACAUUUUUCCCUGUUAAAAAUGAAUGGACAAUUUCAAAGUGGCCCCCAAUAAACUAUUGGUGGAAACGUAUUAUACGUUUAACAUUACAUGUAACAUUCUGCUCAUUCUGUGUACGGCGGCAUGGCUCAGGUCAUAGAGUGGUGGUUUCCCAACCUGAUGGUUGCAGGGUCCAUCCCCAGUCAGCAUCGAUUUCAGCACAUUUCUAGGAUAUUUCAAUAUUCCAGUUCAGCUUGAGCAUUUCUGCGUUCACAUGCAAUUUCUACUGAACCUGCUGCAUCGACUUCUCUAUGAAGUGUAUUUUUUGUUAAUAUUAUGGGGUGUCUGGACUGGAUUCAUUGGGUUUACAUUUAUUUCUCAUGUGAAAAAUGACUUUACACAUUCCGUUUUUUGUCGGACUUACUUACGAAAACCGAGGUUUCACUGUCCUUGUUUUAUUUGAGCAGUAUUUUCCUCACCGGAACCCUGUCGAGUGAUGGUAAUGUUUCUUUUUUUCCCCCCUGUCAUAUUUCCAAGUGUAAAAGAGAAGCGCGCUAAUGAAUUGGACAAAGCAUCUGCUGUAGUGUGUAAGUACUGUACUGUAAUAACAAACGGAGCCAAUGUGUGUCAAGAGCUGCAGUCAUUUUCUGUGUUUCCAAACCCAUGUUAGAGAUUGUGAAGCCCCCCCCCCCACACACACAUCCUCGUCGCUGUGUCGGAUGUAAACUGUGAUAAAUGUUGAGGUGGCCACAGGUCGGUGGUCGGUGUGUUGUGAGUAAAGUCAAGUCACUGUAACAUAACACACACUGUGGGGAGACUCCCAGU